UGGAGCUGCAGCUGUGCAGGGACUCACUGCUCUUCCCAAGCCCCCCUCCAUCCCGUCGGGGGACACCCUGCAACUCCCCUGAGCUCAGUCCGUUUGGCAGUGAGUGCCUGGGGGAGGCAGGGCAGAAGAUAACACUGCUUGAAGAUCCCCAUAUUACCUCACCAGAUAAGGCAAAGGGAGGAAGACGAAGCUUGGCGAGGAGGACGCCGGACCUCUGAGAAGAGAAGACGAGUGAACUCCAGUCACGCAGCUCAUCCCUGAGACCCAGGCACUGCCAGAGUGAGAGCGACUGGUUCAUUGAGCUCUCUGGUCAUUCUCAUGGCAGACACAACACUGGAGGAGGUUUUGGCUGGGGAACAGGGGGAGAUGGGAGUUAGACAUCAAACUCUGAGAUGGACACAGCCAUGCAUGAGACAGGCCGCGCGCCGAGAGCCAAAGAAGUGGCCAAAAUCUGGGCCUGGAGUACAAGUCAGAGCAUCAAAGACACAAAAUUCUCCAGAAAACGCGGCGAGGGAGAGGAGCCGAGUGCGAAACCUGCGCCAGGCAUUCCAGAGCCUCCAGGCCGCUUUGCCGUCGGUUCCUCCAGACACAAAGCUCUCCAAGCUAGACGUUCUGGUCCUGGCUACCAAUUACAUCGCACACCUCACCGAGACGCUGGACAAGGGGGCAGCUGGGUCGGAUCAUGCGGUGCUGCAGAGAGCUGAAGGCUACCUGCACCCUGUGAAGAAGUGGCCUAUGCGCUCUCUACUGUACUGUGGGAACAUUGGCGAGCACCUUCCAGGAAUGAACCCGAGUCAGGAGGAGUGUCAAACUCCUAGCAGCAGGGACGAGGUCCAUGCAGAAUAAGCUGAUGUAGCUGUCUCUAAUCUCUCCUAAAGCAACAAACUGUUAUAAUUUAACACGUAACAUCUAAUCAGGGGUGGAUCAGAUUUCAAGUAAUACAGGACACAAGUCUUGUUUAUUAAAUUAUAUUAAUAGAUUUUAAUUAAAGUUGGGGGCACGGUGGCUUAGUGGUUAGCACGUUCGCCUCACACCUCCAGGGUUGGGGGUUCGAUUCCCGCCUCCGCCUUGUGUGUGUGGAGUUUGCAUGUUCUCCCCGUGCCUCGGGGGUUUCCUCCGGGUACUCCGGUUUCCUCCCCCGGUCCAAAGACAUGCAUGGUAGGUUGAUUGGCAUCUCUGGAAAAUUGUCCGUAGUGUGUGAUUGCGUGAGUGAAUGAGAGCGUGUGUGUGUGUGCCCUGCGAUGGGUUGGCACUCCGUCCAGGGUGUAUCCUGCCUUGAUGCCCGAUGACGCCUGAGAUAUUCACAGGCUCCCCGUGACCCGAGGUAGUUCGGAUAAGCGGUAGCAGAUGAGUGAGUGAGUGAAUUAAAGAUGGCUGUUGUGUCCCUUAUUACAUGAAUCCACCCUAACAGGAGAGUAUAUACAGUAUAUUACACCUAUGAUCACGAUUAUGCACAGAUCCUGCAACCAAGCAAACAUCUAUCAUUAUUAUAUCUGUUUUAUCUCCAUGUUUGUUGUAUUUUUCUUUUCUUAAACCUGAUGUGCUAUUUAUUAACUAACUAUAAAACAUGCUCUGUUAUCCCGUUGUGAAGUGUGUCUCAGUAAAUACCGUAAGUAUAAAAUUCUUUUGUAACA